UUUAGUUCAUUCCACCCCAUCACAUGUGAGUGGAGGGGGCGGGACACUCAGAAAGAAGUCCCGCUUCAUUAUAGCCAGCCUUUGACAUUUUUCCAUGCAUCUCUCUUGUUGACCUACUUGGUCUAUGGUAAUACUUACGUCACAGGAGUGUUGGAAGGAUGACUCGAGAUGACACAUGUAAGGCACCUGGCACAGUGUCUGGAAGACAAUCAGUACUAAACAGUUGUUUGCUAUUAUUAUUAGGUGAUCAUAAAAUAGUUGCCGAGAGAGUAGGGGAUAACUGAAUCAAGGACAAGUGAUGACCAAUUGGCCGCAGUCCCAGGCAGUAAUGACAGAUGCCAUGAGGGCCAGAAGAGCCUGGUGCCUUGUGUUCUCCUGAUCAACACCAUGAGCAUCCCCUGCCCGGACCCACACUUCUCCCAGCAGGAACUGGCGCUGGUCUGGCGCACAGAUUCCUUGGCUCUGUUUCUUUGACAGUUAUAACUGAGGAAUUCAGCUUAUUUUGGGUGAAAUCCCUGGAAGUCCAAGUUCAGAUCUCAGUCUGGGCAAGGCAGCCACAUUUUCCAAUGAGUAACUCCUUCCGAUAUAACUCCUGGCAGACGACGCUAUCAGUCUCUGAGGGAAUGUGCCGUCAUGCGUGGUAAAUAGUAAGACCACUGUGUGGGGCUUGACUCAUCUGUCAGAGAAGGGGUAUUUUGAAACCUUGACCUCAUUUGCAAACAUGUGUUUGCACAUACCUUUCGUCAGAUGCAAAUUUUCCGUUCCCAAUUUAGCUCUUCCAGAUUUCCCCCGAAAUGAAAGAUGUGGCCAUGAAGAGAGAAAACUUUUGACUAGGUCUCGACUCCAGGUCUCAAACGUUUUUUACAAGGCCUUUGAAAAGUUAAUAGGCCCUGAGGGAUAAGAGUCCAGCAGAACCUCCUCAUAGCCCCUCUCAUGUAGGGAGCUGUAUACUAACAAAAAGAAGGAAGUAACGAAGGAAUGAAUGACGUGAAGUCGUUUUCCCAAGGUGGGUUCCCUUCUCAAUAUUCUGGAAUCUCAGCCCAGCCAGGCAUCUGGGUAGGGAGGCCUCUCCCCUCGCAAACCCGGCGGCCGGCGCUCAGCGGACCUAGGCAGGGUCAGCCUGGGCCCGAGGUCGCGACAGGGGCCUGAAUGCCGACGGCCGACGGCAGGCGAGGUCUGUCUUCCCCCCGCCCCACUCCCCCAGUUGGUGCGCAUGGGCAGAACCGCAGCCCGAGCCCUGGCUCCCCUCCCCCACUGCAGGUGAGCCGCAGAGCCGUGGCCCCCACUCCCCGCAGCCCCGGGGGUGACGUCAGGCCUCAGGACCGCGCUCCGGCCCCGCCCCUGCAGGCAGCGCCGGGAGCUCGCGACUCGGCGGUGGAAGCCGGUCCCACUGUGGGACACGCCGGCUGCGACAGGCAGAGGGGGCGGCGAGGCUCCGUACUGGGCUGCCGCGGCGGCGGGACGCCAGGGCGUGCAGCGUCCAGGCGGAGCUCGGGGCUCUGGCCGCGGCACACGUGCCCCGCCGUCCGCACAGCCAAAGCCGCUGCGGGGUCCGCACCCACUGCCCCGCGGGAUCGCGGGACGCCCUGCCAGUCUCAGCUGUCCAUCUCUGCCCUAGCCAGCCAAUCACCCACGACUGCCCCGGCCGCACCUCCCGGAAUCUCUGAUGGACGUGCGGCUUAG